CAGAGCUCAAACGUAUGUAGCAGCGGGCCCGCCGGGAGCUAAUCGACCGAUUGAAUAUCUCUGAUACAUAUCUAAUUUAAAGUCUCCAUUCAGCUGCACCUGACGGGUCUUUUAAGAGGUCAGCAUCAUGGGUGAACCACAGCAGGUGAGUGCCCUGCCCCCUCCACCUAUGCAGUACAUCAAAGAGUACACAGAUGAAAACAUCCGCAAAGGUCUGGCUCCAAAGCCACCUCCCCCCAUCAGGGACAGCUACAUGAUGUUUGGCAACCAGUUCCAGUGUGAUGACCUCAUCAUCCGGCCUCUGGAGAGCCAAGGCAUCGAGAGGCUCCAUCCUGUGCAGUUUGACCACAAACGGGAGCUCAAGAAGCUCAACAUGUCCAUCCUUGUGAACUUUCUGGACCUGCUGGACAUCCUCAUCAAGAGCCCUGGCAGUAUAAAGCGAGAAGAGAAGCUGGAGGACUUAAAGCUACUGUUUGUUCACAUGCACCACUUGAUAAAUGAGUACAGGCCACAUCAAGCUAGGGAAACACUGAGGGUGAUGAUGGAGGUGCAGAAGAGACAGAGGCUAGAGACAGCGGAGAGGUUCCAAAAACAUCUGGAGAGGGUGGUGGAGAUGAUCCAGGGGUGCCUUGCCUCCUUGCCUGAUGACUUACCACAGAUGGAGGGUUCAGACAGUGCUGGUGAUGGAAUAAGGACUUUGUCCGCAGGAAGCAGUGUUAGUUGUUCCUCUGGGCAGGCCCCCAGGCUGAAAACUGAAGCUAUGGAUGUUGAGGACGCAGGGGCCAGCUGUAUGGCAGGAGCUCACCAGGACAAGAGUGUUCCUGCUACAAAAAGGGACAACAUGUGGGACAAAGAUGCUGCCAUGUGCAGUAUUAUUGAUGAAAUUGCUUAAAUUUUGUGUUGAGUGGAUGUGUUAAUUUUUUUGUACACCUAAACUGUAAGUGUUUUUAAAUGUAUGUCACACUUAGUGUAAGUAUGAACAAGUGGGCUGUCUUUUCACUGGGCCUCAAAUCCUAUCUUGAGCUGAAAUGUGUUAAUUAAACAAGCUAUUAUGUAGAUCGUGUCUAACAGCUUCAGGGAAGACAUUUGAAAAAUGUAAAUAUUACACAUCAAUUGGAUUGCCAACUUUCAUCUUUUGUAAUAAAUCAAAUCAAAUAAA